GCAGGGAUGGAUUGCCAGGACAUGAAUGAGCUGCAGCAGGAGGUGAUGGAGGAGCUGGGAAUCUCCAUGGAGGAGCUGAGAGAAAUCAUCGACAAAGAAGUGGAGAAUUCCGAGUGGGUGAGGCAGAGGAAGCAGCAGCUGGAGGAGCUGGAGCAGUGCAUGAGGCACAAGGAGGAGGAGGUGGCCCACGUUGACCAGCUCAUUGACGAUGCUGUGAGGGCCAUGGACAAGUGCGAGGUGCUGGCCAAGGAGCUGUACUCCAUGAUGGGCCUGCAGUACCGGGAGAGCAGCUCCGAGGACGAGGCUCCAGCGGCCACAGAAGUGAUCGAGAUCCCCGACGAGGAGGAUGACGAUGUCAUGAGCGUGGACUCGGGCUGGAAACGCAGCAGCAGCUGUCCCAGAAUCUCCAGAGAUCAGAGUCUGCUGAGGGAAGCAAUGGCUGCCAUGAGGAAAUCUGCCCGCGAUGUUGCAAAAUUCAUGGAUGCUGUAAACAAGAAAACCAACUUGCAGGAAGCACAGAAAGAUGCACAACCCCCUCAGGAACCUCCUGGCACUGCCCAGCCCAUCACUGUCCCUGCAGCCCCUAGCAAUGAUCUCAACACUGAUGGGGACCUCAAAGUGGGCAUGAGGAUUUUGGGGAAAAAAAGAACCAAGACGUGGCACAAGGGGACGCUGAUUGCCAUCCAGACGGUUGGUGCUGGCAAGAAGUACAAAGUGAAAUUUGAUAACAAAGGGAAGAGUUUGCUCUCGGGCAACCACAUUGCCUACGAUUACCACCCAUCUGCUGAGAGGCACCACGUGGGCAGGAGGGUGGUGGCCAGGUACAAGGAUGGCAAUCAGAUGUGGCUCUAUGCUGGGAUUGUGGCUGAAACCCCCAAUGUCAAGAAUAAAGACAGGUUCCUGAUUUUCUUCGACGAUGGUUACGCGUCCUACGUGAAGGCGUGGGAGCUGUACCCGGUGUGCCGGCCCCUGAAAAAGGCCUGGGAAGACAUUGAGGAUGUUUCCUGUCGGGAUUUUGUUGAGGAAUACAUCACUGCCUACCCCAACCGGCCCAUGGUGCUGCUGAAGAACGGGCAGCUGAUCAAAACCGAGUGGGAAGGCACCUGGUGGAAAUCCAGAGUGGAGGAAGUGGAUGGAAGUCUGGUGAAAAUCCUUUUCCUGGAAGCUCUUCCCAUGGGAACUUCAAAUGUUUCCUUCUCCUUCCCACAAGAGGACAGACGUUGUGAGUGGAUUUACCGAGGUUCCACACGCCUCGAGCCCAUGUUCAGCAUGAAAGCUUCCACAGCUUCCACCCAGGAAAAGAAGCAAAGUGGGCAAACCAGGACUCGUCCCAACGUUGGUGCUGUGAGGAGCAAGGGCCCUGUGGUCCAGUACACCCAGGAUUUGGCAGGAGCUGGUCCCCAGUACAAGACUCCAGAGCCAGCUGCACGUCCCUCGUCUCCUCAGCCUGCAGAGAUGGAGUGCUCGGACACACAGCUGGCCCAGGGCAGAAAGCAGGUGGCCAAGAAAAGCACGUCCUUCCGUCCUGGCUCCGUGGGCUCCGGCGUCCCCAGCAGCGCCCCCUCGCAGCCCUUCCACGGGAUGAUGGACCGCGUUCCCAACGAGCCGUCGUACCGAGCCCCUCUGGAGAAGCUCUUCUACCUCCCCCACGUGUGCAGCUACGCGUGCCUGGCGCGGGUGCGGCCGGUGCGCAGCGAUCAGUACCGCAGCCGCAACCCGCUGCUCAUCCCGCUGCUCUACGACUUCCGCCGCAUGACGGCGCGGCGCCGCGUCAACCGCAAGAUGGGCUUCCACGUGCUCUACAAAACGCCCUGCGGGCUCUGCCUGCGCUCCAUGCACGAGAUCGAGCGCUACCUCUUCGAGACGGACUGCGACUUCUUGUUCCUGGAGAUGUUCUGCCUGGAUCCCUACGUGCUGGUGGAUCGCAAGUUCCAGCCCUACAAGCCCUACUACUACAUCGCGGACAUCACCAAGGGCAAGGAGGACGUGCCCCUGUCGUGCGUCAACGAGAUCGACAGCACGCCGCCGCCGCAGGUGGCCUACAGCAAGGAGAGGAUCCCCGGCAAAGGGGUGUACAUCAACACCAGCUGGGAGUUCCUCGUGGGCUGUGACUGCAAGGAUGGCUGCAGGGACAAAUCCAAGUGUGCCUGUCACCAGCUCACCAUCCAGGCCAGCGGCUGCACCCCCGGAGGGCAAAUCAACCCCAACUCGGGCUACCAGCACAAGCGGCUGGAGGAAUGUCUUCCAACAGGUGUUUACGAGUGCAACAAGAGGUGCAAGUGCAACGUGAACAUGUGCACCAACCGCCUGGUGCAGCACGGCCUCCAGGUGCGGCUGCAGCUCUUCAAGACCCAGAACAAAGGGUGGGGCAUUCGCUGCCUCGACGACAUCGCCAAGGGCUCCUUUGUCUGCAUCUACGCAG